AUGAUUCCCGAGACACAGAUCCCAACAAAGGCCUUUGUGGUCGAAGCGCCUAACGCCCCUUUCGUCCUUCAGGAUGUUAUUCUAGACGAAGUGCGGGAUAACGAGGUUCUCGUUGAAAUGAAAUACACUGGUCUGUGUCACACGGAUAUUGUGGUGCAACAAGGUGCCAUGCCCGUUGGAGAUUAUCCAGCAGUCUUAGGACAUGAAGGUGCAGGUAUUGUGCGCCGGGUUGGCAGGGCGGUCAAAGAUAAAACCCUGAAAGACGGAGACCAGGUCUUCCUGAGCUUUACCACUUGCGAUAGUUGCAACCCCUGCAGAGAUGGGCGCAAAGGAUUCUGCAGUGAUUUCACCAAUAUCAACUUCGCGGGUGUGCGUGGCAUUUCUGCUACCGAAUCGCCUAUUUCGACAACAGCAGGCAAGCCUGUUCGAGGACAAUUCUUCGGUCAGUCUUCGAUGAGCAAAUUGGCCAUCGUGAACGAAGCUUCUGUUGUCAAGAGCAACUAUAACUUUAGCGACUCGGACUUUGCUGCACUUUCUCCGUUAGGGUGUGGGUAUCUCACAGGUGCUGGCACCGUCUUGAACGUUCUGAAGCCAAAACCCAAUUCCCGCUUCGUGGUUCUUGGAAUGGGCGCUGUCGGACUGGCGGCUAUGAUGGCUGCCCGAGCCUUAGGCGUUGAGACUGUAGUCGCUGUUGAUAUUGUCGACUCAAAACUCGAGCUGGCUACUUCUCUUGGAGCUACACACACGCUCAACACGAAGCGUGUUACCAAUCUUGCAGAGGGUUUGAAAGAGCUGUUCCCUGAAGGUGUCGAUAACAUCCUUGAUACUACUGGCGUUGUCCCUUUGCUUCAGGCAUCUAUUGCAGCUCUAGGUCAUGAGGGAACUCUAGUCUUUGUGGGCGUUGCUCCGGCCACCGGUACACUUACCAUUAAUCCACUGGAAAUCAUGCUUAGCUGCAAGCGGAUAAUUGGAGCGAUUGAGGGAUGCUCGGAUCCAGCUAAACUUCUGCCUCAGCUGCUCGAAUGGUACAAGCAGGGCAAGUUUCCAGUUGACAAGCUAGCUGAGGUCUACAGUGUAGACUCGCUGGAUCAAGCGUUGGAGGACUUGAAAGCCGGCAAGAUUAUCAAGCCGAUCCUUAAAUGGGGAGAUAUUUAG